CAGAAUUUUUCCAAUACUCUACUUCACUUUCAAUUUCUUCCUUAGUAAUUUUCACAAUUUCACGAUUAUUCACCAGAUCCGGCUCAAUGAACCUCAAUUUCUUUUUGGUUUGAUGUAACACUUUCAGAUCAAAUCCUUCCCAUAAAUUUUGGCCCCCAGGUUUCGUUCCUCCUUCCAAUUUAUUAGAUCUUGGUUCAUUUGGAGUAUUAGAACUUUCUCCUACCACAAUUACUUUUUGCUUGCAUAAAUCCUCAAAGAUUGAAUUAGAGAUACCUGAUCGCAAGCUGAACUGAGCUUCCUUGUUUGAGUUGACUUCAUCAAUCAUCUAUAUCCCUGUCAAUUGAUCCUUCUCCACCUCUGCUACCUGCUUCCCAUUACCUCCUACCAGCUCCCCUCUUUUCUUUGGCUUCCUUGCCAUUGCAGACUUGCGUCGGAGGCCAAGGUCGAGAACACACAGUUAGUGCGUUUUCGCCCACAGUUGAAGAGAGAGAAAACCGUAUUCUCGAAUGCAAAUUAUUUACACAGGCAGUGUUGAAAACCUCAGUUUUGCAAUCACGAUGAAUGCUAACGGACCAUGAUGGAACUGUAAUGUGUUGGCCUUUGAUCAUGUUAGAAUGUUGUUUACGCAUCCGCAUCCAUUAUUUGACAGAGAAGAAGAUGGCAGCCGCGAGAUCUUGUACCCUAAUGAUUUGCAUACCCAUGAUGUUGUGAAAGGCCUGAUACGAUUUGGGAGCCAGAUCUGGAAUCCAACCACGAGAAAGUGUUUUAAUCUUCCGCGCCCGCGUCUGAGCAGCAAGAUGAAUAUUCCGGUUGAUGUCGGCAGUGAGUUUCUGCUUGAGUAUGAGAAUUCUUACUAUUUAGGGUUCGAUUCGGUUACUAAACAAUACAAGGUAUUGAGCUUGAUUUGUUUCCGGAGAAAUGGAAACAAUUCGCUAUUUAUUCCCACUAACCUAUUUGAGAUGCAAGUUUUCACCUUAGGAAGAGUAGGAGGAGGAAGAGGAACAUGGGGAUAUGUCACUGACAAUGUUUCGAAAGAGGCGAUUAAGGGUUUGAGGGUAAUGUGUUAUUAUCCCCCUGGCCCUUCUAUCUACGUUAAGGAUGAGAUUUACAUCUUGGUGGGAUUUCCCAAAUAUUUGGCUCUCAUGUUUUUCUCUGUUGGCCAAGAGCGAUUUAGGUUUAUAAGUCUUCCUGCUGGAGGAGGAGAAGGAUUCACUCGUAAAGACCCCCAUAUGUGGGUUAUGGUUGAGGUCGGAGGUUGUGUUGCUCUGAUGAAGAAGAUGAACACUACUACUACUCGAGGGAUGACGGAGAUUUGGAGGUUGAUGGGCAGUAAUAAGAAUAGUAAUACUGCUCAUCAUGAAGAAGGGGUAUGGGAAAAAAUCAUUUAUGAUGAAACUUGGCCUACAAGAGGAGUUAAGAAUAUUCCUGAGUUACAUAACCAAAGUGACUCGGGAGAUGAAUUAAUAAUAUUUGUUGGGGAGAAAAGUGACAGGGAGAAUGCGUCAUUGGAAAAGUGGAAGGAAAAAUCGUAUUGCAUCUAUAGGGUUAGACAUGGGAUGCGCAGGGUCUUACGAACAACAGAAAGAUUUCGGAGUAUUGAUGAUCAUCAAGAUUAUCAAGUCUUUUGUGCACUGGUGGAAAAUUUAUUUGAUCCCACUACUACCCAAAAACAACAGCAGCUGAUGAUACCUUACUCGAUGAUCACCAUUAUUCCUCCUCUUCCUCCUCGGAGGACUCUUCUUCCUCUUCCUCGGAGAACUCUUCCGUGUCCGCGCACGACCGCAACAGCUCCUCAUCCUCAUACAGCAGCGGCUAAGAAUCCUCUUCAGAUAGCUCCUCCUCAGACAGCGACAUUUAAUAUUGGAGGAUGUUUCCGUAAUAAGAUUGAUUCCAAAAUUCCUAUUAAAUAUUGA